AUGCCACUCCGCAUCAGCCACCAUCGUCGGGGGCGCUAUGACGACCGUGCGAAACCCUCACAGCUGUUGUCCUCGGGCGACUUUGUGAAGGGCUUAUCGGCUGGAAGGCGAAGUGUCUCUGUGGGGGGCGAAGAGGAAGGCAGCGAAGGAGUCAGGAGUGGAAUGAAGACAAUUACCGUCGCCGGGACGCUAUUGUCUGCGCGCCUGACCGCACAAACACACAAGCAGGACGAUACAAGCACUGCCAAAUCUGGCACAAGGCCCCUUCCCGGCUACACGCCUUCGCCUUCUUAUAACCAGCCGCCUCAUGCACUCUCGCAGCCAGCCCCUUCGUCUUUCGUGGCACCCGUCCUAUUUUCUUCUCCAUAUCCCGAUUGGUUGCAGGAGUUGAGCUAUCCCAUGAGCACAGAGUGCUUGCUACAGCAGCCCACUGGAUCCUACCGUGUGAAGUACCGCGGUUCAGGAGGCUGGGAUUUCGCUCUUGAGACGGAAUACCGCCCCGUCGACGUCUCCCUCGUCCUCCCCCACCAUCGCGCUCGUAAUCAGCCGCUCGAUCACCGGCUGACUAUGUACGUCGGUAGCGAGAGCGCCGAGUCCAUAAAAGUCAAAGUCUGCCGCAAUUUCCUCCCUGCCCGCAGAACCAAAUUCCGUCUCGAGGUGCACUCCUCUUCAGACGCUGACGUGACCAUCUGGCUCCCGUCCGACUUCAAGGGCCACAUUCACCGCUCGGAAAAGUGCAGACGCAUCUCGUUUUCUGCGGGCUUUACCAAUCGCAUCAUGCGCAACGCGCACCUCACACAGUCGCGCCGGCCCUCCGUCGUCUCCAUGUCGGACCACACCAUGCAUCAGUUCUCGGACAUCUACGUCUCCGACGACCCAGGCGUCUUUUCUGAGAAGGAGCACUUGUAUGGAAGCGCGGAGCAAGACGAGGUCGUCGUGCAUACCGCAGGUCAUGUCACGUUUCGCAUGUGGGACAUCCACCGUGGGGAGCCCGAGGCUCGAUGCAGAGAAGCGUGCAAGCGCGUCUUUGGUCUCGGCUGGUGUUCGAAACGAUCACAGGAGGUCGCCAUUGACUGGGAUUUCCUGCUGGAUGACUGA